UUCAAAUCAUUGACAAAAGUUCAGUUUCCAACACGAAAUAUUCAUUUUCUUCAUUUUUUAUUUUUUUAUUUAUGAAGAGCAGACCCAACGGCCAAAUGAAUAGUGGCAUCGCAUAUUUCCUGCUUAUUAUUUGCUGUCUGUGCCAGCUGACACAUACGGCAAAGCUCCGGGAAGGCUGUGAGUCUCUGCUGAACUCAACCUGGGUGAAUGUGUGCAAUGGAAUUAUAACGAAAGAUAUAAAAAUCAAAUACAAAGAUCAAUUGACCAAAGUCGGAACGCCUUACAAGAUUAUGAGCCAGGCAAAACAUGAUUAUCUCAUCACCUUCUUCAAGUCAGACAUGCACGACUGCGCUAUGAUCGAUAUCAAUAGGAAUAUGACGAUGACAUGCGCCAAAACAAAACUGAUUAAAAUGAAGCCAAAACUGUUUCAUUGUUUCAAUUUCGGCCUGCAAUAUUUGGCUGAUUUAAUGGAUCUGUGUUUCGACCAAUCGGAUAGGUUAACAAUACCGACAAGCCAUGGCAUGUUCACGGUACUGCAUUAUGGUCACAAGCCACCAUUAGUUUCGGCGCAAGUUCGUUUAAGUACCAUUGAUAGCUUUGCUGUUGGUUUUGCAGUGGUGUUGACUGCUGUGUUUAUGAAUUUAAUGCGAAUGAACGGAAUUUGUCUAUGAAUAAAAUUGAAAAGUGUUAUGCAA